CUCGUCGAGUGGCACACGACCACAGUUGCCGUUCGGUCGCGAAUCGGUGCGGACCAUUUUCCUCCGUUCCGUCUUGUAGUGUAUCCGCGAUAGUUCGUGUGCUUGUGUGAGAGUGCAUCCGUUCGUGGGGCAAGUGUGUUCCAUUGUGCGGUGUGGUUUUUCCCGUCGACUGGGUUUAAUUCUUCGACAGGCAGCAAAGAGACAAUCUGUUCAGAAAUGCAUCGCUGGUGUCUGCUGGCGGUCGUGUGCAGCGGUGUGCUGGUUGCCAUCGCCCGGCCCGGCCAGGCCGUCGGUGGUUCGCACAAGAUGGAGGUCGUGAAGCAGUGGAACCUGCUCAACUUCAACUUCCCGUGGGACUAUCCGGCCGCCAGUAAGGAGUUCUACAACCCGGAAAACGUCGUCGCCACCGGGCUGGAGGUGGGGUACGAUCGCAUUUUCAUCGCCACCCCGCGCCUGUUUUCGGGCGUGCCGGCGACCGUGUCGAGCAUUCCGCGCGGCACCAACGGUGACUCACCGGUGCUGCAGGCCUACCCCGAUUGGACGCACCAUCGGGCCGCGACGAAGGAGUACAACUGCUCCGACAUUGGGCUGGUGUCGGUGUACCGGCUGCGCAUUGACUCGUGCAAUCGACUGUGGGCGCUGGAUGCUGGCGUGUCCCGGUCGCUGGAAGACUUUGAGGUGACGUGCCCGCCCAAGAUUCUGGUGUACGAUCUGCACACCGAUCAGGUGGUGCGUCGGAUCGAUUUUCCGCCCGAGGUGGUACGGCGCGAGUCGCUGUACACGAACCUGAUCGUGGACGAGACGACGUCCCGACCGGAGAACAACUGUGACGAUGUGUUUGUCUACAUUACGGAUACGGUUGCGCCGGGCAUCGUUGUGUACGACAGCGGGAAGGAUCUGACGUGGCGCGUCAGCCAUCCGGCUAUGUAUCCCGAUCCGGACUUUGCCGAGUCGUCCAUUCUGGAGCACCGGUUCACGCUGAUGGACGGUAUUGUGGGCCUGGCGUUCGAUAUGGAGGCUGGCAUCGUGUACUUCCAACCGUUGGCCACUGAUCGCAUUUUCUCCGUCACCACGGCUGCGCUGCGUGCUGGUCCGCUGCCAUUCGGAAAGGAUCUGCCGGUGAAGCUGGUGGGACGCAAGUCUUCCCAAGGCAUUGGACUGGGCGCUUCUCCUCGUGGUGGCACUAUCUUCUACGCACCACUGUCCGAGACGGCUGUCGCAUCUUGGAAUCCACGAACGAACGAGCAUCAGAUCCUUGUGCAAGAUCAAGAGAAAAUCCAGUUUGCUGCCGAUCUUCGUACACCGGACCGCGACGGUACGGCACUGUACGUGCUGACGUCCAAGUUCCAUCGCUUCUUCUUGAAAAACCUCGACGCCAACGAGUUCAACACGCGCAUCCUGCGCAUCGACGGUGUGGCCAUUCCCAGCGGACAGCUUGCCACCCAGAGCCAUCUGCGCCCGACUGUUCCGUAUGAUACGCUGCACGGUAAUGCAUACUAUCACCCGUCGGUCGUACUACCGGUCCCGUACAAGCCGCUGGGGCCGGUGUUGCCCCCAGCAGCAACCACCUCCAACCCGCUGAGCGUGUUUAACACGCAAAAUAUGCCCUUUGGCCAUGGUCUGUUCACCAAGCAGUCGACGUUCGGCCACAGCACCAUCCUGCAGCAGGGCAAGCCGUCGCAGCCGUUCUUUGCGCUAAAUAAUGGUGAAAAAUCAUUUCCGCCAUCGCUCGGAUCCCGACCACAGUACGGUGCGAGCGGAUCUCCGAUCUUUGUCCCGAAGCUCAACCAGAACUUUAACGAUCUGAAUUUGCUGCGCUACAGGAAGAGCGUGCCGGUAAAUCAGACCGCGCUGCAUUGAGUGCAGGUAGUGACGGAGCAAGUUUGAUAAGUUUUGUAAAUAGGAUUUAGUUGCGAGGACACAGAAAGAGAUUUAACUGCAAUAGUAGGUGAGUGAUGCGUUAACAGUGCGCCAUUGAAAUAGAGAGAGAUAGAGAAAGAGAAAGAAGAAAAAAUACUGCCCAUAUUCGCCCUAAGGUUCCGUGACAGCAGAAGCAAAUACUCUUCAUUAGAUAAG